UUAGGAUGUGGGGUUACUUUAAUUUGUAGACAUACCCUUUUAAUUUGCUUUCUCUGUAUUUGUUAAAUCAUACGCAUUACUAUUUCUCCACCGCCCCAUCUCCGCUUCAGUUUCAGACCUCCAUAUUUGGUGUGCUUCGAUCGUUAUUUCCUAAACCGUUGGUAGAGAAGAUUGCAGACACCUGCAGACGUAUAUAAGUCUUGAUCAGUUGUCAUGAGUGUCCCAGACUUGAAUUUUUGUGUGGGUGAAGAGACUCCUAUUGUUAAUGAAGAGUACAGGAGUUCAAAUAAUCAGCUUCUGGAAGAAGGAAAUAUUGAAAUAGAACCUGAAAUCGGGAUGGAGUUUGAGAGUGCAGAAAACGCUUACAAUUUUUACAACUCAUAUGCAAGGAGGAUUGGUUUUAGUGUGCGUAUUUUCCGAACUAACAAAAAUAGAGUUGAUAGUACACUAAUUCAACGUCAAGUUUUAGUGUGCUCAUGUGAGGGAUUUUACAAGAAAAUCAAGACACCUCAGAAGAAACGAGACGAGACACGUUGUGAUUGCAAAGCAUCCUUUACAUUUAAACGUCUUCCAAAUGAGAAGUAUCAAGUGAUUGGUUUUGAAUCAGUACAUUCUCACGACCUUGCGCCAUUUGAACAUUCUGGUUACUUGAGGUCUCAACGGAAAAUUGAAUUUACGCAAGCUGAAAUGAUGACCACAAUGCAUGCAUCCGGCUUGAAGCAAGGACAGAUUUUCUCAUAUAUGUGUGAAGAAGCCGGUGGAACUCAGAACCUUAAUUUUACAAGAUCAGAUUGCAAUAACUUCCUUCAAAGAAAGCGAUCUGAGUUUUUCAAGAAAGGUGAUGCAGAAUGUCUUCUAGAAUACUUCAAGCAGAAGAAAAAUGAGAACAAGCAUUUCUUCUAUUCAUUUAGGUCACAUGAAGAUGGUGAAAUAUGUGGAGUAUAUUUUUGUGAUGCAAAAUCUAGACGGGAUUAUGGGUUGUUCGGUGAUGCUAUAUGUUUUGAUACGACUUUUCGGACAAAUAAGUAUGACAUGUUGUGCGCACCAAUUGUAGGCAUAAACCAUCAUGGACAAACAUCAUUGUUUGGUUGUGGCCUACUAGAUGGUGAAACAUAUGAUGCAAUUACUUGGUUGUGUUGAAGAAAUAUUUUAGAUAAUUGUAUUUUCCAAUAAUGCACUGUCUUGAUUGAUGUAAACUUUACUUACGUGGGUUACAUGCUUACAUGUUUUGCAUGGACCCAUACCCAUGUCUCCAUCUUUAAUUUAUUUCUUCACCAUAUUGUAUUAUAUAUAGCAUACGUAUGCUAUGGAAUAAGCAAGUGAAUCAUUUUUCUCCUAAUACAAAGCUUCCGCA